GCAAAGUUUUGUCUGUCCCAUAAUGGGCACCGACGGGGGUGGGGAAAAGAACAAACACAACCCGGACGGUGAAAACUUGAAGUCGUUAUUGAAAAAAUCCGGGAAAAAAGACAAGAAGAAUAAUCGAGUUGUCUUCAAUGAAAACAAGAACGAGUUUUUUGAUGCUGAUUAUAUCAUUCUUAUAAGGGAAGAAUGCGAUUUCGACGAAGAAGACGACGACGGCGUGUGCACGUGUUAUCAGCACGAAAUGGUCCGCCUCCAGUGCUGCGAACCAGACUGCAACUGCGGGGGCGCCUACGAGGAGCUCGAAGCGGAGACCCAAACGCCCCAGAGCCCCAAAUUCGCGCCCCCCAUCGAAUUCGUCGACGCCGUCACGCUCAGUCCACCCGAGGGAUACAAAGACAUGGAGUUGGAAGAGUUGGCGUACAAGCAGCAGAUGUCGAGGAAUCGACAACAGCGGACGGCGGUGUGCAGGGAAUGUAGUGCCAAUCAGGAGUAUGAAGGUGAUAAAGGUGAUAACUGUCAACAAAUUAGUGAUAUUAAUAAGCCAAAGAUAGAUUUAGAAGAUGAAAUUGAUAAAGAAAAAAUCGACCAAAGUCAACAAACGACACCUACCUCUCCAAAUAAUUUUGAUGAAGUAACUUAUGGUCAGGAAUCUUCUGUAGAUGAAGAAAUACCACUUGAAGAUUUGAAACCUUUACCAUCCGCUGAUUCUCCUGUCACUGGUAUCCUAAAAGGUGGACGAUUGUGGAGACAAGCCAGCGGAGAAAAUUACACAAAACCAAAUGAACAGCUCAUGAAAGUAGACUCAAUGUCUGAUGAAGAAUCGUCUACAAGAACCGUUCGCUUUAUUGAGGAAGAAAAGAAGGACAGUUGCAAAUCUUCACCGGACACAUAUAGAGAGGUAGAAGGCAAAGAAUCGACCAAAGAAGAAGAGGCUUCAAUUAACAAAAUUGAAGUUAUUUCGGAACCCACCGUGCUAGAACCCACUGAAAUGAUGCUAACCUUUAAACUAGGUAAUCACGUUUUAAUCUCCAAUAACAGUCUUAAGCCAAAUUCCGCAGUUAGACAACUAUUUCCCUGCACCAAAGCCCUCGCUCCGAAAUCCGGACAGGAAGAGGACCAGCAAUAUCUAGUCACAGCCGAAUCAUUAAAAGCUUUCGAAGAAGCCAAACGGUCCAAGCUGCCGCAAAUGAUUCAGAAUGCCGGUACCACAGACUCGAUUAAGAAGGUCAUCGAGAGAAAUACUCUUAGACGGUCACUUCUUCGAUACGAGCCAAAAAGCAAGAAACACUUGCAAAAGACUGAUAAUUCUUUAGUAGAGCGAAUAAAGCAAUUGACUUGUGAUAUUGACGAUAUAAGCCAGGAUUCCGAUGAUUUGUCAGCUAGGGUUAGUCCUACUGGAGAAGAAGGCAAUGGUACCGAUACUAGCAUGAUAUCAAAUAAAAACAAAGAACCUAGGAAUUUUUCUCCAUCAUCUUCAUCGACCGCUAGUUCCAAUUCAUCUAUGUCUUCUACAUAUAAGAAAAUAAGCGAUAUCUUUGGAAAAUCGCGUGAAAAACCGCAAGAAACAUCACCGCAACCAACAUACGAACCAAGAGCCGUGCAAACUCAAACUUUACCAGACAUUGGCGGUCCAUUCAACCAAGAAAUCUUAACGGACAAAGACAUAAACAAAUCAAGUGCCAUCAACGAAAAUAGAAAGCAAUUUUUAUCAAAUUUAGCACCACUUACAGCUUGCGUCAGUGGAAUGGGACAACCUGAUGAACAUUAUUAUCAUUUGAGCAGUCACGGUUCUGUAAUCAGUUCCACAGGCAGUGAAUACACUCUAGACGACAUAGAUGAAGCCCUAGUUAAUGAAGAAAACAAGAAAUGCGCUCCUGAUGUUCUCGCUGGUACUCCUGCUUCCGAAUCCGGAGAUGAACUAGUCGUUUUUGUCCAGCAAGACGCCAAUAGGAUAGAAAGAAUUAAGAAAAAAUACGAAAACGACCCUUCCAAACAAGAAGAUGAUGAAAACGAUGAUUACGGCUUCAAUCAUCGGCCAAGCGUACGUGGAAUCAAACCAAGAUUCGGUUCCACGACUGAAAUUUUACAACAAAUCCAAAACCAAAUACAACUGCCUCCCACUAAUGCAAAUAUCGCUUGGCCAUAUUACUCAGAAACUGGAUUGAAUCGUGAAGACGAUGCAAACAGAAUCAAUUCUAAGCAAAAUACGUCUACGCAGUACCAAAUACCAGAUGAUGCCAAAGUUCGAGGUUACCAGUACAGACCGGUCUCCCUUCAAGACAAUUACCAAAGCUGCGGUAACCAAAAUUGCUACAAAGAUGUAUAUCAAGCUAAUAUAGGAGUAGAAGUAGAUUGUUUACAGAAAUUAAGAAAUAACAGACCUUUAUCGCCACCACCCCAAGAAGUUUCGAGGACAUACCAUCAAACGAUGGUUUACAUUCCAUACAACCACAUAGAAAACUACCAACAGCCUCAGCCUCUUCCUGCGAGCAAUUAUCAAACGAACGAAUAUUAUAGAUACGGCCAAAAUCAAAUUAAUAAGAAAUAUAUAGAACCGGUUUAUCAGCAGAAGAUGCAUCACGUUGAUGAACAGUAUUGCAAUACUAAUGGACAUCACAAUUUAAUAACAAAAAAUCCUUAUGCAAAUAAUUAUCAACCUAUGUUAGUGCCAUCUAGAAGCGAAAGUCCUCUGAUGGGAAAUUACUCCAUGGCUAGGUCUACGCAGACCAGCAGCUCUGUCGGAUGUAUGACUGGAUGUACCUUUUAUCAAAUACCAUCUACACUAAGAUUUAGAGAUUCUCUGAGACCUCCGUUCAAACAGGCAGAAUACGUCAACAAAAUAAAUCGACAUAGCUUCCCUUCAGUAAGGCCGCGUUAUAAUCCAACGGAUGGUUCAGAGCACGUGUAUAUGGAUGAGAACAAUCUUCAACAUUCCAACCACCUCAAUGGGUACUACAACUACCUCCCUCCAAAAGAAUCCCCUUCUAAUAGCCCAACUAAAGCCAGAUUUAUUGAGAGAGGAGUGCCGGAAGGGGCUGCGAGCGUGUCACCCCAAGAUUCCGUUCAAAAUUCCACCAGUACCAAUACAUCACCCACAAGCAUUCCGCAUACUAACCCCAAGCCGCUUUUCUAUGCAAUGAACGUUUGAAAAUGUCGACUGAGGGUGAAGGGAAAUCGAAACGUCUUUUGUGUAUAUAAAUAUUAUGUUGCUUUAGAUAAAGCAUUGUUUGUUAAAAAUUUGUAGGUUAUAAUAACCGAAGGGCAGAAAUUCUUUUUUGUUGACAAUGAUGAACUUUAUUGGUGUUCUCUGUUUGUAGCCUAAUGAUUAUUUAGAUAAAAUUGUUGAUGUACGUAUCUAUCAGUAUUACUAAAUGAAAAGAUGUUUAUAUUUAUGUGACUUUUUCAUAUUUUAUUACAAUUUGACUAAUUCUUAUUGUUUUCGUUAUUGUAUAUUUUGUAUAAUUAUUGUAGGUGAUUUUCAUGAAAAGUUGAUAAUGUAAGAACUUCUCUUGUUGACAGGUCUUGUGAUAGACAACUUUUUUUAGAAGUACAAUUGUUAAUUUUGACCUGCUUACUAAAAUAUUUACCAGCACCGUAUUUGUGCUGCAAAUAUUUAUAUAUUUUAUUUGCUGAUUUAUUGUAUUUAUUUGUAUUUUGCUACUCAGGUAAUUUGGAAAGAAAUAUAGAACAAGACCUCCUGCUCUUUAUGAAAAAUCAUUGUAGGAAAUCUCUCUAACAAGCCAAAGUAAUAUAUUAAGGGAGUAUAUAGUGUUCUGAACAAAUUUUCAGAACACUAUAUAUUCGUAGAAUUUAAAGAAAGUAGUUCUAUUUUCGAAUAUUUGUAAAGAAUCUUGUUGUAAUUUGUAUUUAAAGAGUUUAUUACUACUAUCACCUGUUUUUUUAACUUUAUUUUUCUAAAUCUAGAAAAGCAAACUCCAACUUACUACUGAUGAAUACACGUAGGGAGCUCAACAUAAUAUAUAAAAAAAAUGCUCAAAACCUAUAGUGUAUUCUAGCAAGUACAAGCUGUUGUUUUUAUUAAAUAAAAAAAAAAUAGACCAACCCUGUUUAUGUAUUAAUUUACACUAUCUCGCAUUUCAGUCAGUAAAAUAUUAAAAAAUAGUUAAAGGAAUUGUAAAAGACCAAAAAUACAUAUUUAAAAACUAUUUUUUAAGAUAAAAAAACUUAUUUUUUGCGGCAGGUGGUGUAUAAUGUUGUUGUGAAUAAAAAGGACCCCUUUUUGAAAAAAAAAAAAAUGUAGUUCAUCAAUCAAAUUGAAAAAAUUUUUCUUAUUUUAUUAACGUACCUAGUAUUUACCUAGGUUGUAAUAUGUGAAAUAACUUAAAACUACAAUAAAAUUGUGUGG